UCGACAGGGCAGGGCAGGGUUAACUCAGGAAUCACAGCCACCGCCCUCUGUCGAAAAUCUAUCCACGUUCAGAUCGUCUAUCCCGGCUGACUAUCCCGAAGCUCCUAACACCACAGGUAUCAUUUGACUUGUUUCAAGAUGAUGUGGUGUGUGUGGAUCCUGCUGGGCUCCGCCCUCAGUGUGGACACCUACACGGUCCACGACAUCCACGAACGCCUCUCCCAUGGGCGCCAGCUGAAGAUCUACCUCCCCAAGAGCGUGGACAAGCUGGAGUUCACGCCGGCGAACGAGCCGGGGAAGACGUUCGAGUACUGGAACAGCAGGUCCAUGUCGAGACUACUACAGAAGGGCUAUGUGUCGGGCACGGGCAGCGACCGGCGCUGGUACCUGAACCAGGUGACCUUCGAUGACGAGGGCACGUACACACAGAAGGACUUCUGGAACAAGGAGAUCUCCACCUUGAAGGUGGCUGUCACUACUAGGCAUGACUACAUCAAACGGGUGGCGGGCCAGUCUCUUUACAUCUCCCUGGAGGGCAUCCACCUGGAAGGCGCCACUCUGAGCUUCUCAGGGGAGGGCGCCAAUGUAACGCUGGUCCAAGAUGGCUCUCCAGUGUCCCGCGACCUGCCCAACUACUACGACCGUGUCAAAACCCACUCGACCAAAAUCGAGAUCACCAACGUGAACACGUCAGACGUGGGCUACUACAAGCUGAAGGACCGCAGGGACAGAGAAGUGUCAGUGAACCGGAUGGAGCUCGUAGAUCACCUUGACGAUACAGAUGGGAACCCCCUCAUGGCCCUCCUGCUGCUCCUGGGGAUCCCAGCAGGAAUCUGCUGCUGCUGCAGGAAGAAGAUUUUCAAACGCAAGCCCGCCACCACCACCUUCCAGGCCCAAGGAUCCCCCGAGAAUGUGCCUCUCCCGCCCGCCUAUGGAACACCUACAGGGGGGGUUUCUGUUGGACCUGGCGGCCCAGUGUACUACCACAACACUGGCCCCGCUCAGGACCCUAACAUUGGGUACCCGGGUAUGGGUCCAACCGUCCACCCACCCCCGAAUCCCGGCAUGCCUGGACCCCAGUGGAAUGGUCCCCCUCCAGCCAUGAAUCCAGUCUACCCCAUCCAGGACCCAAUGUACCCCCCCGCCCAGCCCCCCCAGUGGAACGGUCCACCCCCCGCCCAGCCCCCUCAGUGGAACGGUCCACCCCCCGCCCAGCCCCCCCAGUGGAACGGUCCACCCCCCGGCCCUGGGGCCCCUAUGUACUACCCCGGAGCUCACAUGGGCUAUGCUCCAGUGAUGUACAGCAGCCCACCCCCCAUGGCUGAACCAGCGAAGGUGUCUCCUACUGAUCCUCUCCUCGCUCAUCCUCCCCCUGUACAGAAUGUCCCGGGGUCGUCCCUCCAGCCACCCGUACCCCCUCCGACAGCCCCCGUCACCGCAGACAACGCUUACCAGUUCCAGAUCGAGAAAGGAAAUAGCUCCAGCAACUUCCUGUAGGCGUUGGGAGGUGGGGCAGCUCUUCCUGUUAUGACUCUGUCCGAAUACCCUUCUACGUCUCCUUUCCUCAACACCUUUCCUUGAUUCCUACGUCCAGUGUAUAGAUGCAGAAGUCACUUCCAACAGCUGCUGCAGAAGGACACGAGGAAAGGAGCGUUUCAGAGUAUUAGGACAGACUUUGGAAGAAUGUAACUGUGGCAAGGGCCAGAUGUUUCAUAUGAGCAGACCCCGAAUUCUUUGGAAUGAGAGGUCAGGUGAGGAAUAUCUUGAUUUUAAAUGUGUAGCCUUACAUUUUGUAACGUAUCCUUUUUUAAAACCUGGUUGUCCGACGGUGUCAGAACACGUGUCAAAACCUUCCAACUGCCUUUUAAGAUGAUGUGAUCACCUGACCAUUGAGGAAGAAAAAAAAACUAAAACAACCACCAAUCAUCCAAUUGAGCAUUUUAUCAAAAUCAAUCACUCAUCCAAUCAGAUCACAAACUGGUGACCAUCUGUCCACUCAGGACUCACCAAGGCUUACUUUCAGCCAAUACAAUAGCUACUUUCUGUAUAUCAAUAAGAAAACCGAUGAGUAAAUGUAACUAGGAUCAUCA